CUCUGCUGCCCGCGCCGCCCACGUCCGGUUCCGCCCGCCCGGCUCUCUCCAUGGCGCGCCCGGCGCCCGGGUGGCCGCUGCGGCCGCUGGUGACGCUCGCCCUGGUGCUGGCGCUGGUCCCGGUGCCCGCGGCCGGGGCCGGGGCUGGGCAGACUCCGCGUCCGGCAGAGCGGGGGCCCCCGGUGCGGCUCUUCACGGAGGAGGAGCUGGCCCGCUACAGCGGCGAGGAGGAAGAUCAUCCCAUCUACUUGGCAGUAAAGGGAGUGGUGUUUGACGUCACUUCUGGAAAGGAGUUUUAUGGACGAGGAGCCCCCUACAAUGCCUUGACUGGGAAGGACUCCACCAGAGGAGUGGCCAAGAUGUCCCUGGAGCCCGCAGACCUCACCCAUGACACUACGGGUCUCACUGCCAAGGAGCUGGAGGCCCUGGAUGACGUCUUCAGCCGGGUGUACAAAGCCAAAUACCCCAUCGUCGGGUACACGGCCCGCAGGAUCCUCAACGAGGAUGGCAGCCCCAACCUGGACUUCAAGCCUGAAGACCAGCCCCAUUUUGACAUAAAGGACGAGUUCUGAUGUGCUACCUGCAGACCUGGAGGGUGUGGGGAGCGGGGGCAGGUGCUUUGAACAGGCCACAGAAGCCUCCGAAUCACCAGAGUUGGAAUACAGCAGAUGUUUAACCUGGAAGAGAAGCUGCUUUAUAAUGUCCUUGAUCAAGGGCUCUGCCUGCCUGGAUGUCCUUGCCCCCACAGCUGCCAGGGGUUUGACUGGCUGCAGCUGGAGCCAUCUAUAGGCAGUGGACUCUGAAGAACCUUCAUUUUUUAAAAAAAUUUUUUUUUUUUUAAGCUUACCAGAUUUCCUACCACAACGCUUACUUUGUAAUAAGAAUAAAACUUCCCAUUGUUGUGCCUUCCA